AUGGCAUCAACACCAGCUACCGCGCUCGUCCUCCAUGGCGCUAAGGAUCUCCGCAUUGAAAAACGCUCAGUCCCAGCCCCAUCCGACGGCGAAGUCCAAGUCGCCAUCCAAGCGACCGGUAUCUGUGGCUCCGACCUGCACUACUACGGCCACGGCCGCAAUGGUGACUUCGUCGUUCGCGAGCCCAUGUGCCUGGGCCAUGAGUCUGCUGGUACCGUCACAGCCGUCGGCCCCGGUGUCUCAUCCCUGAAAGUAGGCGACCGUGUCGCUCUCGAAGUCGGCCUGCCCUGCCGCAAAUGCGCGCUGUGUCAGACCGGCCGCUACAACAUCUGCAAAAAGAUGCAGUUCCGCACCGACAUGUGCCAUGUCCUGCCUGCCUCUGUCAACGAUGCUGCCGGCGCUCUUGUUGAACCACUUGCUGUUACCCUACAUGCUAUCCGCCGCUCACACCCUCCUACGGCUGAUGAGGUCGCCGCUGCUAAAGCUGCCGGCGAGGGUACUUCUGCGCUGGUCUUUGGUGCGGGUGCAAUUGGCCUCCUGACGGCCUCCGCGCUGGCAGUUUCGCAGAACUUCUCCAGCAUCGUGGUCGCAGACAUUGACGCUUCGCGCCUGAAGAUUGCCGACAGCCUUGGCCUUGGUUUCAAGACUACGCUGAUCCCGCGUGAUCCAUCAAACCCUCCCCCGGCUAAGGAUGCUCCUCACGCAGAGCAGACCGCGUGGGCAUUGGAAACUGCUCAGCGCACCGCUUCUACUUUAACCGAGGCUGCCAAUAGCAUUGACAGUAAUGAGGUUACCGGGUUCAGCCGCGUGUAUGACUGCACUGGCGUGCCAGCGUGCGUGCAAGCUGGCAUCUAUGCUUCGUCCCCCGGAGGUGUAGUGGUGCAAAUUGGUAUGGGCAAUCCUAUCCAGACUGUUCCCGUGGGCGCGGCUGCGUUGCGCGAGGUAGAUCUUAUUGGAACAUUCCGAUACGAUGGCCAUUCCUAUCCAGCGGCGAUUGAGCUACUGGCUAGUGGUAAAUUGGCUUCUACCGUUGAGAAGACCGUUACGCAUCGUCUACCAUUGGAGGAGGGCGAGCGGGCUUUCACCCUUGCAGGCAAGGGCAUCGACGAGCAGGGCCACCCUGUUGUGAAGGUGAUUAUUGAGGGACCGCGGGAGACUGCCAACCUGUAG